AUGGAAUCAUCAACAACGGAAAUCGAGACAAAAACAAAAAAAUCAACAACUACAACAGAUAUCAUUUCUACUAAUACUGUUAUCGUCAUCGUCGUUGUAUUUGUUUUCACAUUUUUCUGUUGUUUCGGGAUCAGUGCAUUCUGCUUUUAUAAAAGAAAACGUGCAAAACAAAUCGAGCAAAUUUCCGAAGGAGUGCCGUCAACUUCUCCAGAACAAUUGAAUGGUCAACCUGCUGUUUCUCCAGUUGUACAUGGACAGGUGGUUGUUGUAAAACCGACGAAAAUCGUCAUUUAA